GGUUCCAGAUGAAUGCGUCUUCUUGGCCAAUGUUUCUCUUAAGAACUCUCAAUGGAGCUGAAAUGGCACCUGCAGCAUUCUUUAAGAAGGAACCACCAAAACCUGUGCCAAACUGCUUUAAAGUUGGAAUGAAGCUUGAAGCGAUAGAUAGGAAGAACCCAUACUUGAUUUGCCCAGCAACCAUUGGAGAUGUUAAAGGAGAUGAAGUUUUUGUUACAUUUGAUGGCUGGAGAGGAGCAUUUGACUACUGGUGCAGAUGUGAUUCUCGAGAUAUUUUCCCAGUCGGAUGGUGUAGCCUGACAGGAGAUGCAUUACAACCACCAGGGAACAAUGUUUCCAUUACAAAGAGCAGUGCAAAAAUCCAAUCUUCCCCUUCCAAAGUGACACGGCGUUCAAUGCAGUCUCCACAGAAAUCUGCUCCGGUACCAGCGCAGCGGGGCAGGAAACCAGGUCGGGGCAAACCCCCUGGACAGUCUGCAGUUCCCAAGAAGGGCAGGUCUCCUAAAAAUAUUCCCCUGACAAAAAGCACCUCUCAUUCUGAAAAUCUUAAAACAAGGAAAAAAAGUUUAAAACCUGGAAAAAAGAAAAAAAUCUUGCCGGAACAACUGACUUCUGCAUCACCUUCUCCUCAUUCUUCUCCUGAGGGGGACAGUGGCACUACACAGAUACUUAAAGAUGGAAUUAGUUUGUCUGGUGCAACUGCAGCAGUUAUAUCCACAGUGUGUGUUUAUGUCAACAAGCAUGGAAACUGUGGGCCUCAUCUGGAUAAGAAGAAUGUUCAGCAGCUUCCGGAUCACUUUGGACCAGGUCCUGUCAACGUGGUACUUCAGCAGGCUGUACAGGCUUGUGUGGAUUGUGCCCAUCAAUCCAAAACAGUCUUUGGAUUUCUGAAGUCUGGCCAUCACGGAGGGGAAGUGAUAACUGCUUCCUUUGAUGGGGAAAAGCACGCCAUCAAUCUUCCUUCUGUAAACAGCGCAUCGUUUGUCCUACGCUUUUUGGAGAAACUCUGCCACAGCCUGCAGUGUGAUAAUCUCUUUAGUAGCCAGCCUUUCAGCCCUUACAUGGGAUCUGCACACAGUCCUACGGAGUAUGACAGGAACAAACCAGCAAAAGAAGAAAUACCUGAAAACAGGAGUGCUAAACGAUACCCUCAGGACUCUCCACCGUAUGCUGCUCCUCUUUCCCCUAAGCUUCCCAGAAAUGAUGCUCAUCCAUCUGAAG